GACGAAGUAAAGACUCUGUCAUUAUAGACGAUCUUUGAACAUGCCCAAGUCUCGUAGAGCAUGCUGGUACUCCGCUGUCAUGGCUCCGUAUAUACAAACAGAAACCUAUGAGAAACGACUCAUUUUGUCGUAGUUUUGUGUUAAAUUGACUUCUGCUACGUUUUAAUUGUCGUUAUCUGCGGGGAAAAAUAAGCUAAAACUAUCCAGGUAGCGGUAGUUUCACCUUCUUUGACGUUAUUUUAUUUUAAGAUUUUGUAAUUUCGCUUUCAAGCUAGCUAGCUGCUAGCAUGACAGCGUGACACUCGUGUUUCCUUCUUAGUUUCAUCAACAACUCCAGGACAGCAACAACAACAAAAAAAACGGUGUUAAGAUUUUGUCCAAAAACAAAUGUUUAUUUCACAGGGGAUGAGAUGUCCGGGGGAAGCAAAGCCGUGGAGUUGCAACUUCAGAUGAGGCAAAAUGCGGAGGAUAUGCAGAGUUUCAUGAAGGAGCUGGAGAGCUGGGAGACAGACAUCAAGAAGAAGGACGAGGAGCUGAGGACGGGGGGACCACAAGAGGCCCAGGUAAGUCACCAGCUACACAUCAUGGAAGAAGCAGGUUAUAGGGAUAUUCCGGCGUAAAAUUAAGUUAGGGUCAAAUACACCGUUACACCGAGUUAGACACCCCCUCAAGAGAUGAAUGUUACAGACUUCUGGCUUCUCUAGUUAUAACCAUACAACAGCAAUACAGAGAGCCACGCGCCCAACCAAAAAGCCACUCUAUAGCCACAAAUAAUGCUCAGAACAGCACCUAACUUCAUCAACAGUACAUAUAGGGUCCUAGCCAUAGUAGCCACCAAACAUCUUUUUAACUUUGCCUAAUUUCUUUAGCAAAGAGGCUAAAAACAACUCACCUACUCUCUUCCAGCAGCCACUUGUUUGUACGGAGACCUUGGGUGAGUUCAUUGACUGCAGCGGGGUGACACAGCUCAAGGAAGAACAUUUCUGAUCAUUUCUUCAUGGAAAUGCAAUCAGACCGUGAAGAAAUGAUCAUAAAUGUUCUUCCUUGAGCUGUGUCACCCCGCUGCAGUCAAUGAACUCACCCAAGGUCUCCGUACAAACAAGUGGCUGCUGGAAGAGAGUAGGUGAGUUGUGUUUAGUCUCUUUGCUAAAGAAACCAGACAAAGUUAAAAAGUUGUUUGGUGGCUGGGACCCUACAUGUACUGUUGAUGAAAUUAGGUGCUGUUCUGAGUAUUAUUUGUGGCUAUAGAGUGGCGUUUUGGUUGAGCGUGUGGCUCUCUGUAUUGCUAUCUGCGGUUGUUACUAAAGUUGGUUUAACGAGAGAAGCAAGCGGUCGGCAACAUUCAUCUCUCAAGGGGGUGUUUAACUUUGUGUUACGGUGUGUUUGACCCUAACUUAAUUUUAAGCCGGAAUAUCCCUUUAAGUUAUGAUAGUUGUAAAGGUAUAAGCAGCAUGCUGUGUCUGUUUUGUAGAAAAAUCUUCCUCCUGUGCGCAACAAAGACUACAAAACAAAGAUGAGGGAGAAGAAGAAGAAGAAGAGAGAGCAAACUGGCAAUGGGGACUCAAAAACAGAUGCUUUGAAAGAAGCCUCAAGAAUCAAAGGAUAUGACUAUCGGUCAUGGGAUAAGUUUGAUGUGGUAAGUUGAUGCAUUUCAAGAGAGUAUGCUUAUAUCAUCAGUAAAGUCGACUAAAGGUUAACACCUCUUGCGAUCGCAGGACAAAGCUCUAGCCGAGAUGGAUAAGGAGGAAAGCCCUGCAGAGUCAAAUGAAUCCGACUCAGAGGAAGCUGCAGCUGACAAGAAGACGGCGCUGGCUGAGAAAGAAAAGGUGAAUGCUUUGUCGCAAGUAAUGCAACAAAACACAACAAAGAUAAAGAGAAAUGAUCGUCUUUAAAAGAUGAAUUCUUUUGGGAUUUUCAGGGAAAUGCGUUUUUCAAAGAGGGGAAGUAUGAUGAUGCCAUAGAGUGUUACACCAGGGGAAUGGAGGCAGAUCCUUACAACCCUGUGCUGCCAACAAACAGAGCCACCUCCUUUUUCAGACUCAAAAAGUAAGUGCAUACGAGCAGAUUGUCAUUGUGUUUUCUGUAAAUCAAAAGAAGACUAUAGUGUCUGUUAAUGCUGCACUAUCUUUGUAAAAAUACUUUUUUUUUUUAUCACAGGUAUGGUGUUGCAGAGUCUGACUGCAAUUUGGCAAUAGCUCUGGACAGCAACUACUUCAAAGCAUACGCAAGGAGAGGAGCAGCGCGGUUUGCUCUGACGAAAUAUGAGUCUGCAUUAGAAGGUGACGAUCUACUGAAGAGAUAGUAUGAGAUGUUUGACUGUGACAAACUGAGAUGUUAUCAUUCUCCUCCUUCUUUGUAGAUUAUGAGAUGGUUCUCAAGCUUGACCCGGGGAAUGUGGAGGCACAAAAUGAAGUUGAGAAAAUCAAAAAGGUGUGUGUAAAAGUCUUUCGCGAGAGGUGCCUAAUUUUUCAGCUUCCUCUUUAACCACCUUUUCUUGGAUCAUUCCAGGCCCUUGACGGUCAGGUGCCUUCUGCCGAGAGUGAAGCGACACAGCCAGAGGAGACUCCCACAGAAGACCUGGAGCGACAGAAGCUGAUAGAGGAACAACAGAGACGACAAGAGGCUGUGAUGCAGAAGGACAGAGUAAGCUUCCUCGUGGAUCACUGUGGUGUCACAGCUCGUAAAGAUGACUCAAUCAUGUGUAUUUCUGAACGGUUUUCCAAAGUGGUGCUAUCUUCUGAAUGUAACUUUCAGGGGAAUGCUUAUUUUAAAGAGGGGAAGUAUGAAGCAGCUGUUGAGUGUUACAGCAGAGGCAUGGAGGCCGACAGCAUGAACGUAUUAUUGCCUGCCAACAGAGCCAUGGCCUUCCUCAAACUGGAGAAGUGAGUAUUCAUUUCCACUGUGUGCUUUAUCUUGUAAAAAUAAACAGAAAGGAUAAGAAUAAAAUUACGAUGAAAUUCAUACUGAGCUACAAAAAUGUAACUGGUAUGCAUUUUUGUUAUUUAAUUAAGCAUAAAUAUGUUCUUAGAUUAAAUUAUGACUCUAAUAUGUUUUACUCAGCAUGUAUCUUUCGAUGUGGUCAUACUGAGCAAAGCAGGCCAAGAUUUUUAGUGUCUUUCUAAGAUCAUAAGAAGUGCUUUUCAAGGACCAUUACUAGAAAACAUAAAUGAAUCUUAAUUUGAGAUAAAUUAAUUAACCAACCUCCAGAUUUAUGGCAUUUUGUACCAAGGCUGAUAUUGCAAAGGUCUUUUUAAAAGCACAUUUUUCCUAUCUCUAAUGGCAGCAAAUCAAAUGAAAAACAGUCACUGUUUGGUGUUAGAGCAAAUUCUGGUAUGAUGUAUAGAAUUAUACUGUUUAAUAGCCGUGCUUUGAAUUGUAAGUAUAAAUCUUGUGUUUUAGUCUUUUUUAUAAGUUUAUUAUAUAAUUCAUCUACAUUAUAUUACUGCCUUAGAUAUCCAUGUUUAUUGCAUUUUAAUGUGCUUGGAAGAAUGGAUUUAUUUAAGACUCAAAACACAAUAUUUAAAUUGUUUUAUUUCUGUUUUUUAAUGAUUUUAAAUGGCAGGAUAGAAAUCCAGAAGUCUUGUUGAACUAUAGAGCACUUCUUGUCUUAUAAACCAAAAAAACACAAACAAUGAGAAAUCAGCAUUAUCUAUCGGCCAACCUGCUCAGUAUCAGUAUUAAAACUGUGAUGGGUCGACCAUUUGUUAUUUAUUUAUGCUACAUGUAAAGAGUAUCUUAACCCUCACUCUGUUUGUUGCAGGUACAAGGAGGCAGAAGAGGACUGUACUAAAGCCAUUUCUCUGGACAGCACCUACUCCAAGGCUUUUGCCCGUCGCGGCACCGCAAGGGUGGCUUUGGGGAAACUGCAGGAGGCCAAACAAGGUGCUUUAACAGACAUCAGACUGACAGUUUAUGUUCUCCUCUGGUAUAACCCGCAGAAGACUAUAAAACUGUGUCAUGUCUGUCUCUGUGUUUUCAAAUACAGUAUAAUGUUCAGCCUCUCGUUUCUAACUUGGUCUUAUCAUUGACAACAGCAACUAAUGUCUAAUUCAGCUCAACCAAACAGUAAAAUUAAGAAUGACUGAUAUUAGUUAUUUAUUAUUUGGUCACAUAAAUCACAGUCUGUGUGUGUUUUGUGUUUCUGUACAGAUUUCCAGGAGUUGUUGAGACUUGAACCAGGAAACAAGCAGGCCUUAAAUGAACUCCAGAAACUCCAGGUAGUUUGUUUCAAGGAUCGGUCAUUAGUUUAAGUGACUUCUUGUCUCAAAUGAUAAAAGAACCAUUUUGGGGAAAAAACGAAAAGAACUUUCUCACAGUUUUGAUUGAUUUCACCUGAACCCUCUACAUUUUUGUUGCACCUGUGAUGAGAAACAGAACAGAAAUUCUGACCAAAAGAAUGAAGUUUAUUCUUCGUACGUGUGAAGGCUUUCUUUUUUCAAUCUAGUGUACUGAUGACUUGAACUAUAAAAGUCAGCCUGAGUUUGCUUUGAUCUGUUACACACUCCCUUUUCUUCUGUUGUGUUAGGACGAGGGUCCCAGCGGCCUCCUUCAAACACCAGACAGCACGCAGAGGAGGACCGUUCAGCCGAUAGACAAACCAAAACAUCUGCAGUCGGCGGUGAGACGCUCUAAAUUCCAGAUAUACUUUUCUCAGAGUGUACCUGUGUUCUUGUUUCUCUGAUGGGCUUUCUCUAAUCAGCAAUGCAGUCUUUAUAUUCAUUUUGCUGUCCCCCAUCUACAUGUAGAGUCAUGUGGUAGCGCUGUAAUCCCGGAUCUCACAUAAACAGAGUCUGUGUCUCUUGAAGGUGGCACUUCUGUGUUGGUUUUAUGUAAAUUGUUAUGUUGACAUAUUUGUGGUAAGGUCUUCUCAGGACACAUGUUUUUGUGUUUAUUUCCACUGUCCAGCAGGUGGCAGCACAGGCAUAAAUGUCCUUUAAAUCGUUGCAUUUUUACACCGUCAUCAUGUGUCUUUGCAGGAAUUCAAUAACUUCUGCAAAGAUUUCACAUAAUGAAGAAAAACACAGCUUUUUUUUGUUUCUGAAAAGUAGCUGAUAACAGACUUAUAAUGUCGCCUAGAAACCUCUGAGAAGGAUCGACAUUGAGGAAGUGAGUGGAAAGGUGUCAGUGCCAGAGAUGUUGACCGCUGAGUCCAAGUCUUUAGUGCAGGAGGUGAUGAAGGAGACUGAAGAUGAAUCCUCAUCACUGUCAACAUCACCCAGCGCCAAAAUGAUCAAGAUCGAGGAGAUUUCAGAAGUCCCUUCACACUCAUCAGAACAGUCAGUAGCGCCACCUUUCACUUUAAUAUUUUUGUUAGUUUUGUGUGGUUUUAACUAUUUUACUGUUACACUUUGCUUGUGUUGAUCAGAGUUUCCUCUAGCCGACAAACUAAACAAGCAGCACAGGAGGAAAUGGCUCAUCUACCCGAACCGUCAACAAAACCUUCACCAGCAAUUACCGAGCUGCCCCCUCCUCCCACUAACAGUUUCCAACUGGAGGCUGAUUUCCGCAAGAUCGGAAACCAGCCUGAAGUCAUAUAUAAAUAUAUAAGGGUGAGUUGAGUGUUUGUAGAUAACUAAUCUGGAUGAUCACGCCACCAUUAUCAGCAGCACUGUUACAUUUGAGCGUCUUGUUUUUGUUCUUGUUUUGUAGCAAAUCAAGCCUGAGGAAUACGUGAACAUUUUCCAGAACUCCCUCGAACCCGACAUCCUUAAUAAGAUCCUGAAGACGCUGCAUGGUUUCUAUAUCACGUGAGUUUUAAAGUAGCUGGUUUUUCUCUUCAGCUGUGUUUUGUUUUGUUGUGCUUAACCAUGACUUAUUUGCAGGAACGAGGCACCGGCCACCACACUAGAGAUCCUCAGGAGUCUUGCAAGUGUGAGGCGCUUCGACAUGGCCGUCAUGUUCAUGUCAUCCUCAGAGAAGAAAGGUGGAGUCCUUUUGAUGUUCUAUCACAUAUGACUCAGACUCUCCCUUUUUUUAACCACAUUUUCUUUCAUGUCACUAACUUCUGUGCUACUUUUCUCCCCCCCAGUGCUUAAAGAAUUGUUUGACUUCCUUCACCAAACUGAACUGGAAGCAUCGUCUAUCACGGCCUUAAAGAAGACAUAUGGUGUUUGACGUUUGAACUCAUACUGCAUCUGUAAACUCUAAAUGUGAACGCACAUUGCUGCAUUGUUCUGAAAAGAAACCAAAGUAGUUAUAUUCUAAUAAACGCCCAUUCAUUUUCAUUGUA